AUGGAGGGAGAUUCUGUCACUCUUCACACUCAUCUCACUCACAUACAGAGAGAUGAUCACAUACUGUGGAUGUUUGGACCUCAAGAGACUCGUAUAGCUCAAAUCUACAAGAAAAGCAUUGAUAUGAAUGACAGUAUUGACACAUUUGGAGACAGACUGAAGCUGAACCGUCAGACCGGAUCUCUCAGCAUCACAAACAUCAGAUUGAGGGACUCUGGACUUUAUAAACUACAGAUCAUCAGCAAAAGAGGAACUUCAUACAAGAGAUUCGAUGUUACUGUCUAUGAAAGAUCUUCAGUGUCAAAAUGUGUGUUGUUGUGUUCAGUGAUGAAUGUGACACGUGUGAGUCUCUCCUGGUACAAAGGAAAGAGUUUAUUGUCCAGCAUCAGUGUGUCUGAUCUCAACAUCAGACUCUCUCUACCUCUGGAGGUGGAAUAUCAGGACACAAACACAUACAGAUGUGUCGUCAACAAUCCCAUCACAAACCACACACAACAUCUCAACAUCACUCAUGUCUGUCAGCCGUGUUCAGACCUCCUGCGUUCACGUUUAUUAUCGCUGAUAGUUGUCUCUGUGAUGUUGCUGGUGGUCAUAAGUGUAAUUCUAGUCUGGCGCUUCAAAAAGUGUUACCAUCCACAAAGAAAAGAAUGUUGGUGAAGCCUGUGUAGUGAAUUUCAAUACUACGACUUGUU